AUGUGUUUGUGACUCUUCACCUCUGUCUCCUCUCACAGGGAGAAGAUGAUCUGCAGCAUCCUGCUGCUCAUCAUCCUGACCUCCUGUGUCUCUGGAACAUUUGUAGUGAAUGUGACCCAGACCUCCUAUCAGGCAGAGGAGAACCACCACAUCACACUGGAGUGGACCUUCACAACCAACCCUCAAACUUCCUCCAACUCUCUAAAUAUCUUCUGUGAACUGUUAAAUGAUCUCAAGAAUCCAGUCCUGUUUCAUCUCCAUGAAGGAGUUGAGGUCCCAGAGUCUCAGGAUGAACAGUUUGCAGGACGAGUCCAGUGGGACAAAGACGUCCUCAGAGAAGGACGACUCAGACUUCAUGUGUCCAGACUCAGGACUGAAGACUCGGGACUGUACCUGUGUGAUGUGGACACAAGUUAUGGAAGUAACUCUGGUAGAUGUUGGCUCAAUGUCACUGCAGCGAGGGAUCGGCCUGAACCUGAGACACCAAACACAACAAGUCCACCACAGCCAGAGAGUCGGGGAAGGAUCGGUCUCUACUCUGGACUGACAGCAGCUCUGCUCGGUUUUUGUUUCUGUUUUUUCAGUCUUUGUUUAAAAAUCAAGAUUUCUACUCAGAGAAAAGUUACAGUUCAGCAGGUGGAUCAGUGGAAACAGUUUAAUCAACAACUAUAAUGAGACUAAACUGGUAGAAUCGAGUUACAUACCACAGAGCCCCAGAAAAUACCAGUUCCCCAUUGUCUGUCAGGUUACAACUCUGAUGCUUCACACACACAUCAGCAAAAUAAACACAAACCAACUGAAAAGUGGAUGGAAACACAUCUUUCCUUUUAUAUUCCUCAGUAAGUGACUGAGUGACCAUUGUUUCCUCCAUCAUUUGUGUCUGUAACUUGUUAGACAGAUCUGAAUAUUGAAAUACUCUCCUCGUAUUCCACACAGGCUACGGCUCAUAUGUGCAAUUUUUAAAACCUUUUUCAUUUAAACUUCUAACAGACUUUGUAUACAGCGUUUACUGUAACACAUAGAGCUUUAACCUUUUUCUUUUUGUAAUUUGAACCUUAAAAUGAAAUGUACUGGUACUGUUUUAUUAUUGUCUGCUACUUCCAGCAGAGGGAGCUCUUCACUAGAAGAAGAAAUGCUCCAUGUCUGCCUGCAGCUUUUUAUUGACCUUCAUCACCUGAGACUCUGGUUAAGAGUCUUGUGUUGUAUAAAUGAAAGACGGUACGCUGCACUCUGCCCUUGUCCUUGGAGGUGGCAGCAGCGUACCGUCUCUGCUGAGACCCCUCCUAGAUGUUACACGUUACAUUAACGUACAUCCUGGACUAUAACCUGUCCAUUGCAUUAACUAUCUCUCCUGAACUAUUGCACAUUCCCUCAACAUCUGUUCACAUCCUGCACUAAACCAUUCAGCCUUCUUUUCUUAUUGUUAACUCCAAUAUUGUUUGGUUCUGUUAUUGUUUCUUUUACAUGUAUUGGUCAUUUUAUAUGUUUAUGUAUGAACUGUCCCCCAAGACAAUUAUCUUAUGUUACUUACCUCGCAAUAAAGCCUUUCCUGAUUCUGAA